AUGUCUGGCCGCGCCUCGCCAUCACCAGGCAGAAGACCACAGCUAAACGAGCGCGCUUCAUCCUCGGCUUCUCUCUCCAAGGGGUCUCCAAAUACCGGUCAUCUCUCCAAGUCGCACAACAAAGGAUCCUCAACCAAGCUGCACAAGGCGCAUGCCGUCGGUCAUGGACGUCACCCGUAUGGAAGAGUGCCAUCACAUGGCAAGGGUCUACACAAGCUCUCCAAGUUGGGUCCUGGCGAUGCAGGAGAGGUUGCAGGACACACGAGACACCAUACUAGAUCAGCGUCGCAUACACCAACGGCCAGCCCAACAACACAGAACUUCAAGCGCAAUAGCUCUAAUCUCAGCUUACCAAGAGUUGGGUCUAAGGCGUCUAUAAAGAAGAAUAAAUCCGAAGUAUCUCUGGGGCGGAACCCUUCAUUGACCAAACUGGGGAACCAAUCGAAGGGAGAGAAGGCGCAGACGAAGAAUAGCUUGCGCAAAAAGGGCGAUGAUGAUGGUCCCGUGAAAGGGCAAGCGAGCUUCGAGGUGGGAAAUGAGGAUCACGAGAACGAUGACUGGACAGAGGAGAGCAACUCACAGUCACCCCAUACCACUCGACAUGGCUCAGUAGGUCGUAAGACUCCCCAACUGGAAGAUCCUCCUUCGCCAGAUGAGCCCGCAGAACCGUCUCCUCCAAAUCUCCCUCAAUCACCACCACAGUCUCCACCUAAUAAUCCUUCAGCUUUCGUCGAUCAUGCAAAGGAGCAAGAUCAUCAUCGAGACAGAUCCCCAUACUCUCACCCACCAGACGCAGACGACGUGACUCACCGUCUCCUCAAUCGCAGUGCCCACAACGCAGCACCUAAAACAUCUAAUGUAUCGGCAACAGUUACACCAAAUGGCUCCAGCGGUUCUCCAGCAUUCGUUCACAGCCAGGACUCCGCAUUCGGUAACAGGGAUUCCAUGCCCGGAGACGGCAUAUCUCGCUUCCUCAACGGCACAGGCUCGAACUCCGGCAGCGCAACACCAGGCUCUGUAUCUCACCUUCAGCAAAAUCUAGCACAUCUCAACCACACCACCCACCAUGACCGUCCAGGCUCUCCAACAGACUCAUCCUCAACCGUCAAAGCCCCUACUCGCAGGGUCAAAUCUGCGGCUAAUCUGUCCCACCCGCGUCUCAGCAACGGCGAAUCCAGCUCAGCAUCUCCACCCAUACCGAAACAAUCCAAUGGCAAGAACCCACUCAAGCCUCCAAAAGAAACUCGCGUCUCACCCUUCGAAUCAGCCCGCGGCGCCGAUCCCACUAAGGGCAAAUCACUCACGCAGCUGAAGUUGGAUCUGCAGCGCAUGUCCACGCAGCGUGAUCCACCAUCCGAUCAACACCCGCUCUUACAACACGGAUCAGGUUUCGGAAUCCAGAAUCUCAGCGCUGGGUCGAAAGAGAUGGAGGCGAGACAGGCAAGGCAGUGGACGCAGGCAAGGGUCGAGUGUGCGAAUGCGAGGCGGUUCUAUCCCGAUUUGCUUGCUGGCAGUCUCAAGCAACAAGCUGUGCAGAGCAAGCUCGAUGGGCGGAAAUUUGAUGGACAAAAGAAGCUGGAUGGGAAGAAAGCGCCUGAUGGGCACAAGGGGAAGAGCGUCAAGACGCCAGUCGGGAACUCUGGGGAGGCGUCGCACGGGAGGGGCAGAGUGAGAUUUGAGGUGGGGAAGGGAAGCCCAGAGUUGGUGGAGGAGCAUGAGGAGGAUGGGCCGAUGGACGAAGGUGUAGAAGGGCUGCUGAGGAGGAUGUGGGUGCAGGGAGAGACUAGUGGUGGAGAGGAGUAG